AUGAACCUACCAGGGGCAAAUGGCUAUGAUGCUCCUCUACCCAGUCCAGAGCAACCCUUACCUCCUGUAACACGAGCUCAUGCAGUAACUCAAGUCACACCAGCCAAGAAAAUAAUGUUCUUCAAAAGUGGAGAUCCUCAAUUUGGUGGAGUGAAAAUGGCCAUCAACCGGCGGAGUUUUAAGAGUUUCAGUGCUCUUAUGGAUGACCUUUCCCAAAAAGUUCCUUUACCUUUUGGAGUUAGGACAAUUACAACACCUCGUGGAACUCAUAGUAUCAACAGGCUUGAGCAGUUGGAAGAUGGUGGACGUUACAUCUGUUCUGAUAAGAAAUAUGUUCAACCCAUGUCCACUGGUGGACCUGGACGAAAGAUUGGUGUUCAAAGAGCCAAUCAUACAAUGAGUGCUCAAAAAACAGGACAACAAGAAGGGCAGGAGGACAAUUAUUCAACUGGUGUAUUUCAACAGCUCCCAAAACAAAGAAAGAAAAUCACUCUUGUCAAAAAUGGAGACCCAACUUUUAGGCGUUCUGUUAUACUUAACCGGAGAAAUGCACGCAAUUUUAAAACGUUCCUUGAAGAUAUAUCAGAUCUCUUACAGUUUACUGUUAGAAAGCUGUAUACUGUGGAUGGUAGAAAGGUUGAGAAUAUACAGGCCGUUUUGCAGUCUCCUGGAAUCCUUAUUUGUGUGGGACGGGAACCAUUUAAACCAAUCAAAACUGAAAAUGUCAGGAAAAGUAUUGCUGAAAAGCUGCCAGGCCUCGGAACCCAUUCCAGCAUCACCAGUGAGUCACUGGACAGCAGGAAAAAUGUGAAUUUUGGACUGAAAGCAAAAAAGAGUAUUAUCCAUCCUCGGUCAGCAUCUAGCAACAAGACCAGGUUUUCUUUGUCAUCAGAGAAAUCAUAUCCAAAUGGCGUCCAUAUGUCACCAGCAAACAGCGGCUUUGAAUCUUUUUCAAAUGCAUGUCCUCAUGAAAAAUCUGAGGAUAAUACCCACUCUUUAAUCAAUGAUGAUAUUGAAAAGAAAGUUCAUGUCAAUAAGGAUGGAAGUCUUUCAGUUGAGAUGAAGGUUCGUUUUCGUCUAUUAAAUGAAGAAACGCUUCAGUGGUCCACUCAGAUUAAAAAAUCUAGCACUUUAGGCAAGGCAAAAUGUGAACAACUUUGCUUAAGCAAAGAAGAAAUCAUGGAAGCAAAAAAAGAGGGAAACAGAGACAUUUUUUCAGAAUCGGAUGACUCAUUUUACCCUUGUGAUGCUGAGUCAUAUAGUUCGAAGGUUAAUGAUGCAGAAUUGGAAGACAUGUUUUGUUCCCAUUGCGGUAUGCAGUGUCAGGAUUAUGAUAUUUGGAAAAACCCAAUGCAUGCCAAUCAGGAGGAAGAUUAUGUCAAAAGAAGUACUUGGCAGACUAGAUCAUCUGCUUCUAGCACAUCAUCACUGUCCAAGUUUAUGUACAAUCAAAAGACAUCUAUAGAUAGCCUUCAUACAACAUCUUCUGAAGAGUUCACAGACCACAUUAUAAAUAAAUCUGGAAGUUUUUCAGAAACCAGAGACAACAGUGAAACAAUGGUUAGAUACUCAGCUGUAAGCAGAUGUACAAGCAAGAAUAGCCAUUCAACUGCUACUUCAAACAUAGAUAUAAAUGGAAAUAAUGAACAUAAAAGCACACAUGUUACCAAGUGUCAGUCAUGUUCCAGCUUGAGGAGCCAAGGUUCUGUGCAAAAUCUGUACCCUGUUAGAGAGAAUUUUAUAGAAAACCAUUGUUUGAAAAGUCAAGGGGGAAGUUUCGAAGAAUGUAUCAAUACAUCAUCACCAGUAUGUUCCAAUAGUGAAUUGAAUCAAUUGAUCUGUAAGCAAAGAGGAAGCAUUAUCUCCCAAUCAUCACUUCAAUCUAAAAAAAGUAAUAAGAGUUUGCAUAAGAGAGGCAGUACUGAUACACAAAGUAUAAAAUCAAGUAUAAGCUGUAAAGAAGAAGAACAAGACACACAAGACAUAUCCAAUAAUCACAGCACAUCCAAAACAAGUGUUGACUGUGUUGAACAAUACAGCAUUGACCAUGCAGAUCAAUCAAGUACAAGCAACAGCAUUAGCAAAAUUAUUGCUGAUCAAGAACAUGAUGAUUUUUUGUCAAAUGGCAUAACAUCGACCACAGGACUUAGUGACUCUGAAAAUAAUUCUAAUCAAGCUUCAUCUUGCCCCAAACAGGCUAGAAAUAAAGGAGGUAUAAACACAAAGUACAGACAAGGUAAAGAACAAGGUUCAAAUAGUUCUUACUCCUCACAAAAUAGUGAAAUUAUAUUACAAGAGAAUAGAUGUCUUGAUCAAUGUGAAAUGCCAGAAAAUCUUAUAUCUAACUCCCCAACUUAUUCCAAAAGUACAAAUGUAGAAAAAUGUCAACAAAAUCUUUCCUCUAAUCAGUCACUUCAAUCUAUAUCAUCAGUAAGUGAAUGUGCACUGGACCAUAUGGAAGAUAAAACAAUCCAAAAUAGUCCUGAUAGCAUUGAUGAGUCCUUUAAAGAGCAUCACAAGGGCAACCAAGAAGAAGAGACAAUACCAGUGAUAGGAGUUGAAAACAAUAUUUCUUUUUCACGCUCCUUAAGUAAAUCACCCUCAGUUGGUUCUAAAUGCAAUUGUGUCAGUUAUCCUCAAGAUAAAAGGCUCCAUAGUACUAGUUCUCAAGUGUCAUCAAAUUUUGAAAAAAACAGUAAACAUGGUACUGACAAUGAUUCACCUAAGAGCAGUUUAAGGUCAUUCAGAAGUAAGAAACAGACUAAUGUAUGCCAGAAAGAUAAUCUAUCAAGCAAAGCCUCAAGCUCUGAGACUAGCUGUGUUCAUAGUCCUUCUCCACCGAAGGGAAAACCAACAAAUAAACAACUAAGAUUAACAAAAUAUAAAUGUUCCAGUAGCAGUAUGUGCAGUGACCCUGUGAAAGUCAUAAAUGGAGAAAAGCCUGAUAGUGCAAGGUCUUCUACCCCUGAAUCAAAUAUCAUAGUUUCUUCAAAAGCUAGUACUGAGAAAUACAAAAACCGAAAAACCACUGUCAGUAGCACUGAGGAAACAUCAAAUAAUAAACGUAAAAAUAGCUCAAGCUCUUCAAAAAUAUUGAGUAGUGAACUCAUUCCAUCAGCUUUACCAAAUGUUACCUCUGAAGAGGUUGUUCAUGAGUGGUUAAGCAAAAUUUCUUCUGAAACAAUGGUUGUUGAGUAUGAGAUGGAAGAAUGCUCAUCUAAAGCCUGCAAUGAGGAACACAAUAAAACUGAAAAUUCUGAAAUACCAAGAGAAACAGAAAUGGAAAAUACAAGCAAAGAUUGCACAGCAGAAAAGCAAGAUGACAGGCAAAUCCAUGAUCAAACAACUGACAUUCAUAAUGUUGAUAAGACUGAGAUAGAUGCAAAUUGUGAAGAUGAAAAGAAUGAACCUGUGGUACUGAAUGAGGUUCAAACAAGUAAUGUUAAUUGUAUUGCAUCCACUGUUGAUGCAAUUGAUGCUAAACAAUCCCUCCCAAGUAUUAUAAACACAUCUGUGCAGAUAAUGAAAGCUUUGAUAAAUCCUAUGCAAGAUUCAAAAUUUGACCGGUCAAAUAGUUUGCCUGAGGUAUCACCUACAAUGGGGAGAAAACUUAGCAAUUCAGCUCAAGUUUUAAUAUCAUGCCUUGCUAGUCUUCAACUUCUGGAUGGAGGUUUAACAAAUACCAAAGAAGAUACAAUUGAUUUAAACAAAGCUACGUACCUUCAGUUGAUAAACAUUUUGCAGGCUUUAUGGGUAGAUGGUCCAACCAAUAAAUGUGUUUCAAAUAAUAAUACUGGAAACCAUGAACAAUUGCCUUCUAAGCAUUACUCUAGAGAAGAUGAAAUAACCCCUGUUUCAUCUUCUGGAGUUGAUGUCAACAGUGGUUCUGGGACCUCUGGGGAUGGUAGUGUUGCUGGUGGUGGUGAAUGUCCCAUGGCAGGUGAAAAAGUAGAAGAGACCAAUGUAUUAACAACAACUGUGACUGCAGAAAACAUCCCACCUUCCAAAUCACAACCACUAGCUUUUAGAAGUUGUGAUGCAGGCGAUUCUGCAGACGUAAUAGCAGCUACAAUAUGUGACAGUACUACUUGUCUUGAUGAAACUGACUCAAGAAAUGUGGAUGAAAAUAUGAAUGAGAAAACAAUUGAAGAUUACAACUGUAACAUUUUACCAUUUGAAUCAAAAAGUAAUAUUGAUGGAUGUUUACUAAAUGACAGCAUUGCAGAUAUAAAUGAUGAAUUAAAAGGAACAGUAGACAUUCAGGAAUACAGAAAAGAUUCCAUGAAUAUUCUUGCCUAUAAUGGAAACAAUGCAGUAUCUAAUGGAUGUAAAUUGCAAGAGGCAAAUGGUGUCAAUUCUGAAAGUGAUUCUCAUUCCACUGUCAAGUCAACUAGUGAUUCAACUGGUUUAAAUGAUCCUAUCUAUGACAAAGGGUCAUUUGAUGCUGACCCAAUCUGGGUUUUAAAACUAUUAAAAAAAAUAGAGAAUGAAUUCAUGGCCCAUUAUGUGGAUGCUAUGAAUGAUUUCAAAAUCAGAUGGAAUUUAGAAAAUAAUGAAAAUCUUGAUGAAAUGAUUGGAGAGCUUAAAAAUGAGGUUGGUCAAAGAAUCCAAAGAAGUAUCGGAAAAGAACUUAAAAAAAUAAAAAAGAGGGCUGGGCAAAAGUUACCAAGUCCUCCAAAUGAAAGUCCAAGGCGUAAAUCAUCUCUACAAGCUGAAGAGAGAAGAAAAUACUUACAGACAAUGCGUAAGAGAUCGGUUUUGGAGAAUAAUAUAAGAAGUGAUACAAAUGAUAUGUCCAGUGAAACAAAUGAAGAAGAUUUAACCUUUAGUGCAUCGUUCGGAGAUGAUAGCAAUGGGCAAGAUAACGAUAAUGAAUUCUGUCCAUGCGAAACAUGCAUAAAGAAGAAACGGGCUUUAAAACUAGCAAAACCAAGAGAAAUAGCAGCUGAUGCUCCUAUAAUGCGGGCAUUCGACCUUCAACACAUCCUGAAGAUGAAAAGAGACCAUAAUGAAAUAAAUCCAACUUUAGCAGAGACCAAAAAAGAACCAGUAGAUAUAGUCACCGAAAACAAAUGUACAGAUAUGAACAAAGAAAAUAAAAGUGAAGCUUACUCACAAUGUAACUCUACUAAAGAAAGAAUAAAGUCAAAAAAUCCAAGUGAAGAAAAACAAUCUGACCCAGAAAAUAAAAAAGAAAACUGUACUAUUGAUAAUCUUGUAUGUGAGGAAGAGGAGAAUGAAAAAUAUGAUAAUCCAGAUAUAAACUGUAAAACUAAUUGUGAAUUAUUCGAGGAAACAGAUAUUACCUCCAUAAAUAAUACAGAGAGGCCAACUAGUGCAAAUGGAGAUGUCAAAAGAGUAAGAACAGAAUGUCUUAUAGAAAAUGAAAAUCAAGAAUUGUCUGAUGAGGAGCAAAAACAUAGUUCUUUAAAAUUAAACGAAGACCAUCAAGUGGGUGAAGACCCAAUGCCAAUGAUUGAAAGUGAAGAAACAAAAUACGGUUCAGAAGGUGGGAAUGAGUCAACUGCCAUGGAGGCAGAAGGGAAUGUGCCAGAAGAAUGCUUUGAAAAUGAGGUUAAUGAUGAAGAAAAUGAGAUUACUAAUUACAGUCAACAUAUUGAGGAUGAUGACAGUCAAGAUGGAAUAAAAGGUGGUUCAUUGCUCCAAAAAUCAUACUUAGAUCAGUGUUCUCUAACUCAGAAUAAUUUUGUUGAAAAUACAGAUGAAGAAUGCAAAGAAAUGAAAAAUUCAGGAGAAACAUCCCCAAAUGGACAGUCCAACAACAGUUCAGAAAGUAAGCAAUCACACAUGUAUCCCAGUAGUUCAUCUGAGGAGGACAGAGACUCUCAGUGUACAAGUCCCUCUGGCACAAAUACAAAUCAGAUUACAAGCAGCCCACACAGAAGCAACAAAGGAAGCUUUGAUGAAAGUGACAAUAAACUGAAAAAUAAUUUAGAUGAUGAAAUCAUUGAACAAGAAGAUCUGGACUUUUAG